AUGGCUAAAAAGCUGGCAGUUUUCGAUUUCGAUCACACAAUAAUCCACGAUAAUUCAGACGUAGUUGUAAUGAACAUGCUGGAUCAGAAAAAAAUCCCCCCAGAAGUGAAGCAGCUGCACAAGUCCGAUGGCUGGACGAUGUUCAUGCAAGGCAUUUUCGAUUUGUUGCACAAAGAAUGUAUAAUGGAGAGCGCGAUUAGAAGUGUUCUCGUGAGCCUACCUGAAGUGCCCGGCAUGAUCAACCUGAUCAGGGAAUUGCACGAGGAGCACAAUUACGACGUCAUCAUCAUCAGCGAUUCUAAUUCUUUCUUCAUAAAUUCGUGGUUAGAAGACAAAGGACUGAAGGAGCACGUGCUGAAAGUGUUUACGAAUCCUGCACAAUUCGAUGAAACGGGGCUGCUUAAUAUUAAGAUGUACCACUUGCAAGAUACUUUAACGAACAACAGAAGCGAAGCAGCGAUGUCUAAAGAAAAUAAAGAGCAGCAGGUUAUACCCGACGAUAUUUUCGACAGUCAUACUCAAACGUAUUACAAGAAAAAAAGUUUCUAUGGCAAGUCCAUGAUGGAAUUGCAGAAGCGCAGAAAGUUUUUAACCGAACCGGAGACAAGAUGCUACAUGAGACAGAUCCUGUCCGGCGUUAAUUAUCUGCACCAGAAUAGAAUAAUUCACCGCGAUUUGAAAUUAGGCAAUUUAUUCUUAAAUGACGAAUUGGUCGUUAAAAUAGGCGAUUUCGGUCUGGCGGCCAAAAUCGAAUACGAAGGGGAGAGAAAAAAGACUCUUUGCGGUACCCCCAAUUACAUCGCCCCUGAAAUCCUGAACAAACUCGGUCAUUCCUUCGAAGUAGACAUUUGGUCGAUUGGCUGCAUCAUGUACACCUUGCUUAUAGGCAGGCCCCCGUUCGAGACCAAUUCAUUGAAGGAAACUUAUUCGAGAAUUAGGAAGUGCCAAUAUAGAAUAAACGUUAACAUAUCCAGUCCUUCCAAACAUAUGAUUAUGCUUAUGCUUCAAUCUCAACCGGAGAGCCGACCUAAGGUCAGCGAUUUGCUGAAACACGAAUUCAUCGUUACUGGAUAUUGCCCCAGCAAAUUGCCCGCUAGUACUUUGUACAUGGCUCCGAGAUUUGAAACUAACGAGAACACUCGCAAACCACUUAUAGAAUUAAAUAAUGGAGAUCCGAUUCUCAUUACUGAUUCGCCACAAAAGAGAAACAAUUCCAUCGCAGCUGGUAUAGUUUCUGCGGCUCAACAAAAUGGAAAGGGUUACGUCGUGUUCGAUGCUAAAGAAAACUUUGCAACGUUGAAGGAACAACUGCUACAGGCGAUAAAAGCAAAGCCGGCUAGGCAGUACAACUUUUCCGAUGAAAUGACGGAUCCUUCGGCGCAGCCCAUGAUAUGGGUUUCGAAGUGGGUGGAUUAUUCUGACAAGUACGGCUUUGGGUACCAGUUGUCUGAUGAAGGUGUAGGAGUGAUGUUCAACGAUACCACUAAGCUUAUUUUGCUUCCGAAUGGAAUAAACGUUCAUUAUAUCGACAAAAACGGGGAGGAAUCGUACAUGACUAUCGAUAAUUACCCUUCGAGCCUCGAGAAGAAAAUCAAACUUCUCUCGUACUUUAGCAGAUAUAUGAAGGAGCAUCUUUUGAAAACGGGAGCUUCUGCUGUUAAAGAAAUCGAUUCCAUAUCGAGGAUUCCUCAUUUGCACCAAUGGUGUAGAUCGACAUCUGGAGUUCUUAUGCAAUUAAAUAAUGGCACUGUACAGAUAAACUUUGGAGAUCACACAAAAAUAAUCAUGUGUCCAUUGAUGGCUGCAGUGACAUUUAUAGACGAAGACCGUUCGUUCCGUACUUUUAGGUUUGAAACUAUCAAAAAGCACGGGUGCCCAUCAAAAUUGUACGAAAAAAUGCGAUACGCUCAUGAAAAACUUAAUGUUCUGCUCUCAUCUUAAUAAGUUCUACAACCGUUUUACAAUUUUUAUAUUCAGUAUUUAUGUUCUUUAAAUGUAAUAAAUUUAUUUCUUUCUAAUGUCCGCUGUAAUUUAAUUUACGUUGUUGAGUUCAAUUUUAUUAUAAUAUUUAAACUUAAUUCGUCGACAUACCUAAUAGUUUGUAAGUAUGUUGAAAUCGCUUUUCUAUUCAUUGAAA